AUGACCGCACCGCCUCCUGGCCUCACGGGUCACAUCAAGGUGGACGUCGGCGAUCUCAAACGUCGUUCCUGUACCACGGAACUCGACCGGAUUGCCGGUCUUGCAUAUCUGCUGGGCUGUGGAACACUGCCGACGUACAACGAGCAAACCUCAGUGGAGUCCGCAUGGCAACUGCUGCUCAAGCACAUUCCCGACAGCGUACGCACGUUCAUCUUCUUCCACUUUGCGCUCGCCACGCCAUUCACCCUUUGGGUUUCGUGGGCUCGAUUCAUGGCUGGAAAUCUCAAAAUGGCCAGCGAGCCCUUUGAACAUCGUAAACCCAACGACGUGGACAUGCUGCGGCUCCUAGACGAAUCGCAGCUCUAUUCAGACAACUUCCAUCCGCGUUAUUACCACGAGGGAUAA